AUGGGCAGCUCCACCAGGUGUCUGCCCAUUCCCAAGGCCAUGGCCUUGUGCCACGACAUUGGCUAUGUGGAGAUGCGGAUCCCCAACUUGCUGGAGCACCAAACCCUGGCUGAGGUGAUGCAGCAGUCCUCCAGUUGGCUGCCUUUGUUGGCCAGGGAAUGCCACCCAGACGCCAGGAUCUUCCUUUGCUCCCUUUUUGCUCCCAUCUGCUUGGACAGGUUUAUAUAUCCUUGUCGCAGCCUCUGUGAGGCAGUAAGGAAUAGCUGUGCCCCGAUCAUGGCUUGCUACGGCUACCCGUGGCCUGAAAUACUCAACUGCAACAAAUUUCCUGCUGACCACGGCUUGUGCAUCUCCUUCAUCGGCAAUAAGUCAACAUCACACAGUAGGAGUAAGUGGUUUAAUUUUAACCCUAGAUUUCAUAUCCAGGCGUCAGUAUUUUACGAAUUCUAACUUUCAAACUAAUUCUGUCCAGUUGGCAAAUCAUUUGUUGAAUUUAAAGGAGCACCAC